AUGGCUCCUUGGACUUUUACGAUCGGUAUUAUUGGUCUUGCCUCACUUGCGUUGGUAGCGGGUCAAAAUCCGGCCAAUUCCACUCUCCUGGAUCAGCGACUGUGCUCAAUGAGUUUAGAGUUUCAAAGUCUGGAAUACUAUGCUGGUGAACUCGGACACCCCAAUCAAUUUACUCAUAAUGUUAUACAAAACAUUGUCCAACGGGUUGGACUGCCCCCGGCAAUGCGAAUUGGCGGUAAUACGCAGGAUCGCACCUAUUUCGAUUCUUCAGUAGAUAUUGCCGUACGACUCCCAGCAGGUACAGCAGCGGUGCCUAAUCCUACGCAGAUGCAAAUUUAUGUGGGACCAAAGUUUUUCCAGUUGUCGGAAAAUCUUCCAAAGAAUACAGUGGUUACAUAUGGUGUUAAUUUAAAAUUUGAUAAUUUGACCGACACACUGGGCGAGGCAACCGCUUUGUUCAACGCCUUUCCACACGGAAACCAAGGUUCUGUUAAGCUGGAAUUAUUGGAAAUUGGUAACGAGCCAGACUUUUACUUUAAUGGCGUGGACUCGUAUGCAUCGCAAUGGACCGAAUUUGCCAAAAACAUAUCUCAAGCAGUCAAGUUGGUUCCCGGUCAAGGUCCGGCGUUUCAAGCGGGAGAUUUUGCUGGACAUUCAGCAAGCAACUUUAGUAUCACCCGUCUGCUUAACACAGGUAUUUUGUCUGGUGAUACCGGAGCUAGAAUCAACACAGUGUCCCAGCACAUGUACAUGGGUGACGGCGCUACCGGUACAGUCAGCACUCUUUUGAAUAAGGGACUUUCAAGAUCCAAGCUCGCUUCAUUCAAGUCUGAUAUAGCAUAUGCAAAUUCCAAGGGCUUGCGAUACAUUUUGGGUGAAACAAAUUCAUUCUAUAAUGGUGGUGCAACUAAUGCUUCGAACACUGGAGCAACAGCUAUUUGGGCCACGGAUUAUUCAUUGCAAGCCGCUACUUUGAACAUUAGCCGCACAUAUUAUCAUAAUAAUAUUGCUUCUGGCUAUCAGGCGUACUAUCCAGCUGUGUACAACAUCUUUGAACCGGUUGGUAAUGUUGUUAUUGGAAAUAGCACCACUGCUCGACCUCAAGUUCAACCUCAGUACCAUGCAUUCCUUGUCGUAGCCGAAGCCAUUGGAAAUUCCGGAAAGAGCCGUAUUGCGGAACUCCCAGCUGCUUCAGACUACAUCGCAUCGUACGGUAUAUGGGAGAAAGGAAAGUUGGUGCGCAUCGUUAUCAUCAACUCUCAACCAUGGGUCUAUGCCAGCACAGGAAGCCGCCCCGUGAUCACCGUUCAGCUUCAAGGAAUUACCAAGCAUACCAAGGCAACUUACAAAACCCUCUACGUACCGCAUGCUGACAUUGCGCAGGGAUUGACAUGGGCUGGUCAAAGCUAUGCAACCGAAUCUGGAUUUCCUUCUGGAAGAGUGGUUCAAGAGGUUGUUAAGGAUGGCCAGAUCAACAUUUCGGCUACCUCCAUCGUACUAGUUUCCCUCCAUUGAACUACUUCUAUAUGAUCGAUUUCAC